AUGGGACAGGAGGAUUUGAAAGAGGUGACUGUCACACAGACUCACAGCAAAUGUGAGUCUCAGCAGCCCCAAGGAGAGAACCAGACCAAGUGCCAACGCCGCCUCCUCUUGGCAGUCCUUGCCUCUGUCCUUCUGCUCUUUGUCACAAUCGCCGGCCUUCUCUGUGCCUUUUGCUUCAUUAUCUAUCCCGGGAUGUCUGCAGAGUCCAGAGUCGUCAGAGCCAAAUAUGCUGCACAUCUGUUGGCACAAAUCGAUUACAACCGAACAGUUACAUGGGCUGCCACCAAUGGACUGGGAAAUAGUUACCUGGGUUCUGGCUUCCGUUUCGACAACCAGGAGCUACACAGCACGAGGGGUGGGAUGUACUACGUAUAUGCCAAGCUGAAAGUGAUAUGCUCUGUGGCUAACCAAUGCCACAAGAGUGCACCCAUCAAGUUGGAACUCUCCCGUUGCACCGGGACUAACGAAUGUGCCCCCAUUCUGAGCAUGGAGGUGAAGAUGCUGUCGGAAGCAGAGGAUGCGUUCGAUCAGUCCAGCACACUAGUCCACAUCACAGCCAAGAGCUGGCUUCAAGUUAGAAUCCACGGACUGGAGCAGAAGUACAUCAGCCUGGAUCAUGAACACAUAUAUUUUGGAGCAUUCCUGAUAGAAAAUUAGAAUCUCUCCCAUCUGCACACUGGCAGCACUUUAACAAGCCUCAUAUAUCCUGGAAGGACAAUUUGUGUAGUGUACAAGGACUGGCCAUGCUACUGGUGCGAGUUAUUUAUUGUUACGCAGUUCCCCUCCUACUAUGUGCUUGGUUGAUUCAUUUGUUUGGGACAAAGGGCGUUUGUUUAUGUCUCACUACACUAUUUAUACAUUAGCAUUCGGUCCCUGAGGUACAAUGUUUCAAUCAGCAAGAAUGGGGUGACUGGAC